AUGAAGGGCGAAGCAGGAGAUGGGAAUUCCUCGGAGCUUAACGAGGAGGAACGGCGGGCGUUGCGCGGCAGCAAGUUCGCUCCUCUCGCGAUCUCCAACCGCCCAUCUUCAUCUUCAUCUUCUCGGCCCCAACCCAGGUAGAUCCCUUCUCCUCCAUCUCCCUCUCUCUGUAGCGAUGUUCUUUGUCUUGCGUGCAGUCAUACAUCUCUCGUGGGUUGUAAUUGCCUUUCUCUUAUUAUUUCAUCCAGAGUGAGAAUAAUUAUGCAGAGUUAUUGUUUAUUUCCUUCAAUAUUUUGAGAAGGUUGGCUCACCCUGGAGGACCACUUACCACAAACAAGGCUGCAGCUUUAGCAAAGUUUCUUGAGAGGAAGCUCCAGCAGCCUGGUGGAUUGGAUUCCAUAGAUCCCAAUGUUCUAGAACUCGCAGUGAAGAAUGCCAAGGAAACUGUGAAGGCUAGUAAGUUUCCUUGGGCUUCUCCGCUUUAAUUUCUCUUUAUUUUUUUCAUUUGGUUUUGAUAUAGUCUACCUUACUGAACAGAAACUCUCUUAUGUGCAAUGGCAUAGUCUCUGUAAGGCUUUCCUACCAUUUAGAUUAGUUGUGGCGAAUGAAAAGGAAAUCGUUUUGCCUUUUUUUUUUCUUUCCCUCUUUAAUCGUCUUGUUUACCCAGCGACCAAAGGCAAACAUUCCACUGAUUGCGGACCCUUCCCUUGCUUGAUAACGAUAGAACUUGCAGCACAGAAAUGGUGGAAUCGGAGUUUUUGGGAAUGGAUUGGUGCCAUUUAUGCCUCUACCUUCUGUUUGUUCCAAAGAAAAAAAACCUAAACCAAUUGUUCCUUCUCCCUGUUUUUUGGUGGGGUAUUUCCGACAGGUGUUGUUGUCUCCCUUGACAACUUUGUAGUCAAAGCUAGAUGUUGACGCACUGUUGUUAAGCCUUCAAUUCAUAUAAUCUAUCUUCUUCAUGAAAAGUUGUAAAUAUCUAAACAAAGGAUAUCAGUAAAUAUCGAAUAAGUUACCUACAAUAGUUAUUACCUACGUACCUAGGGAAUAAGUAAUGCCUCAUCUCAUAGCUUGAUGCCGUAAUAUCAUCUACUGCCCAUUAUUUAUUUCGAUAUUAUGUCUCUCUCAGUCACAUAAAUCAAUCUAUGAUUUGCUUUAAGUUGGUUUUGAGAACUAUGUUAUCCAUGAUUGUGUUUUACUGUCUUUUAGAACAAGGAAUGCUUGCUGUUUACUUCAAUUUGGGAACGUUUGAACUGUUCAUCACUAUUGUUUAAUAGAAUUUGUCUGAUCUAAUGAGGAAAUGACCUGAUCAAUGUUCUAGAUGUCUGUAGUUCGCAAUUUCCAUUGUAAUUUUGGGCAAAAAGGGCCUUUGCCAAGUCGCUAUGCUUUUUUUCCUAGCUUAUCUAUUGUGAGCAUAUAAAAUUACAAACCCUCCCCCAACAAAGAAGAAGAAGAAGAAGAAGAAAAACCUCGAGUAAGAAUCUCACGUUCUCUUCACAGUCUUUGCCCGCCACCAUCAACAGGAAACUGACAUUUCUGUCGCCAAGCAUUGCCACUCUAACUCUCCCCUCCAGAUUUGAGCUGAAUUCAAUAGAUGCGCAUGUAUUCUCAUAUGGGAUUGAAAAUUUAAUUGAAUCAAUCGUUGGGAAUGUUGGCUCCAAACACGGUUGGAGCCAUUACUAUCACUUAUAGGUGUAUUUAGAUCAAAAGUGGUAGGGUUUCUGUUUGAACAUUCAUUGUUGGUUUUCCAUCACCAUAACGUGAUGUAAAGAGACAAUCAUUGAAUAUUGUCUAUCUUGAUAAUGACUUCACAAAACUAAUUUAUUAAACUGGACUUCAGAUAUAUUUUCUCUCUAGACCAGAAUAUAGGUAUUGGAUACAAUUCCCACGGGUAGAAAUUAUAUGAUUCCAGAGAGGGGGCAUGUAUGACCCCAAACUACUUGAUAAUAAUCGAGUUAUUGAGCUGCUGAAAUAUUUAUCGCGGAGCAUCUGUUUUCUUGAUUGAAUAGCACUAAUUUACAUCUUUUCAGAGACUAAUGAUACCGUCAUCUGUAUUAUUAUCCAAAGAGUUUUAAAAUUGUUCCAUUCAGUUGAGGUUCUGAAUUCUGAUUAAUGGUGGAGGGGAAAAGGGUGUAUAAGGCUUCUCAAUUUGAAUUUUUUAGUGAAAUUAUGGCCAACUUUUUCCUGUUACAAAUUCAUCGCUUAUCUGCACCUGACGUAGUUCAUUUGUGAAUGUUACAUUGCUCUUUCACUGAUACUUAAGGUUUCUUCAGCGAGCACCAUAAGUUUCUCAGCCACUGUCACUCAACAUGAACGGGGAAAUUACUUUAAUGUGUUGUAGGCCCUCCCACCUUAUCCAACAAAACAUGUCUGUAAACCAGAGUUCUGACGGCUGUUGCAAUUGUUCUCAUAACUGGUUUUAUAUCCGAAAUCUCUAACGAAUGUGAAUAUCAACGAUUACAUGACCUUCUUGCCCCUUUCAUUACAGUCACUUUGUUGACUGUAGCGAAAGAAGUGUUUUUGGUUAUUGGCUGUGGAAUGGUUUCCUCGUAAACGUUUACUUUUGGCCUAUCAGAAGCACACUCAGCUUUUGCAUGCAUUAGCUGCGUCUGUGAUGCGCACCUGCAUUGCUCAACCACAUAUGGUACUUUUAUGCACAUAUAUUGGGCUAUGGGAGGUGACAAUAAGUAUAUAUGUAAAAUUUUCUCACAGUAGCAUAUAAUCAUGUGUGCAUUCAAGAGGGUUAGUAUGCAUCUUUACCCAAGAGGCAUAUUCAGAAAAUUCUCUAUCAUCUAAGGAAAAAUAUUGUAACUUAAUUUGUUUGCAUUAGGGCUAAUAAAUAAUGCUGAUCAUAAUUGGGUUACUAGAUGAGUCUGGGAUCUUGUAUACAGUGCCAUAAACACAGGGAAAAAAAAAAAAAACUCAUAUUGGGGGUGAUGUGUCAGACAUAGGGGAUUGCCAGUGGCGUCUUCCUUUGUGUUCAAUAGGUAGCAUGCGCAUGGUGAAAUCACUUUAUAGCGUUUAGUUUUUAUAUUUUAUUAUUUUCUAUUAAAAUUGAUGUUUUUAAGCCUUGAUUAUGUCGAGAAAAAUGUUAACCUAGAGAAAAAAUUAUCAUUUAUUUACCUCCUUUUCUUUGUCAGGUGGUUCUUCAACCACCGCUGGAAGAAUGAUCCGGCAUGUUGCCUCCUUUGACGAUGGCUCCACUGAGGUGCGUUGGUUGCUCACUCUCCCAUCACCAAUAUCUACUCUCUGCGGGUGCCCUCUUCUUCUACAUUUUGCUGAAAAAGUAAGUGGGUCUGUAGGAACUAGAUCCCGGAAAUCCGGACAAGAAGAAGAAGAAGAAGCAGAAUAAGAAUAAGAAGAAGAACCUUGAGAUGCAGGGUGUGCCAGAGACAGGAAAUCUGAAUAAGAAUAAGAAGCUUGAGAAGCAAGAUGCGCCAGAGAGGAGGAAGCGGAAGAGAAAGAAGAAGGUAUCCCCCUCCAUCUCUAUCUUCUCUCCUUGGUGUGGGGUUUAUCUUGAUGACGUUUUUCUCUUCAGGCAGUGAAGAACUGAGACCUGCCUGAAAAGGGUGAAGCCUUAGAGGUUCAAAUCUCUAGAAUUGGAACAACGGAUUCAAUCUUAGGAAGGGAAGUCCCACACAGGAGGAAAGAUGGUUAACCACUGGCCAUAG